AUGAUGAACUUCAAGAAGAAGCUCGUGAAGCCUCAGGGCGUUGAGCCCACCGAGAUCGAAAAUGAAGUUGCCAAGUGCCUCUUCGAUAUCGAGACAAGCAGCCAGUCGGACUUGAAGGGCGAUGUCCGCCACUUGGUGAUUAGCUCCGUGAAGGAGGUGGAGGUGCCUCAGGGCCGCAAGAAGGCGCUGGUUGUCUUCGUCCCGUACGCUGUCUACCAGAAGACGGUGAAGAAGAUUCAGGGCCGCCUCGUUCAGGAGUUGGAGAAGAAGCUGAAGAAGCACGUCGUCCUCGUGGCCCAGCGCACCAUGCUCCCGCUUGACUUCAAGCGCAAGGGUCUCAAGGUCCGACCCCGGAGCCGAACCCUCACCUCCGUUCAGGAGAGCAUGCUCGAGGACAUCGUCAGCCCCACAGAAAUCGUUGGCAAGAGACUGCGCGUGCGUGUUGACAACACCAAGACCCUCAAGGUUCUCCUUGACCCGCGUGACAAGCAGAAGGACAACAUUGAGGACAAGUUGGAGACCUUCGCCGCGGUCUACAAGAAGCUGACCAACAAGGAUGCGGUCUUCGUCUUUCCUCAGCAUGCCUACUAG